AGAAAAGAACCGACUGGCAAUUCACUAUUUAAUCUCGGUCACCGGUUUGGUUCGGUAGUGCUGAACAUAUCGGUUUGAAUUAAACAAUUAAACCCUAGUUUAAGAUUCUGAAAAAAGGUUCUGAAACUUCCCGGCAGCGACUCAACUUUGGUUUCUUGUCAACCACCGCUCACGACGGCGACCAUCGAUUCAUCUCAAUAACCAUAGAGUCCAGAGAGCUGUACCAUGGAGGAUGAUGUACAAGCCAAAGCUCUAGAGGAGAAGCUGAAGAGUCAGCUUCGUCUUCUCGAGCUUGAGCACGCAGUCUUCGAGAGAAUGGUUUACAAGAACAAGAACCAGCAUCGUAGAUGCUCCUACUUUCAGUACCUUCUCAAGGUGAGAAGGGAUCUGAGGCUUUUGAGAACAGCAAACAUGGAGGAGAUUCUUAGACCUUGCUUUCAUGUUAUGUCUGGGACAGGAACUAAACAGAAACUCCAUGUUUUGGAGAGCUUGAAGUUGAAGAAAUCUCCAAGUAUCUUGGAUCGACUUCGUGGAGCUCUUCAUCUACUCUCACAGAUGACUGAACCCAUCUUGAAGGCAGCUAGUGGCAUAUCCGUUUUGCUAGCUUGUUCAUUUUUCAUAGGGUCUUCCAUGACAUUUUUGGCGCUGCUUGCACGUCUCCGAGUGUUGAUUCAACAAAUAUUGCUUGAUGCAGUUUCAGUUUUCAACUCGGUAACCUCUACAUCUUUGAAGAAACAGUCUGUAAAGAUAGCUCAGGAAGGGGUUGAGGUGUUCCGUGAGUUUUAUCCAAAGGAUGAAGAGUGCUUCACCUUGUUGGAUUGUGUAUGGAAGACUGAUAAAUACGUCCUAAUUGAGACAUUGCAGAACUGUGAGAGUAGUAAACCUUUAGAGGAGAAUGUUUCAGAAGAUGUUACUACUAAGGAUUCGUUGGUACAGUAUCGAACAUCUGUUUCUUCUCUCGGGGAAGAUCUCUCUCAAUUGCCUGAAGCUGAUAACGGUGGAGUUACUGUGACAAAAAGUUCGAUUGCCAUCGCCGAAACAGCUUCUUCCAAGACUAACAAUGUGUUGCUACCAGAAGUUUCAGAAAACCCAGGAGAUGCUACCACUAGGGAUUGUUCAAUUCAGUAUCAAACAUCUGUUUGUCCUCUCGGAGAAGAGAUCUCUCCUUUGCCUGAAGCUGACAGCGGAGGUGUUACUGUGACAGAAAGUUCGACUCCCACUGCUGAAACAGCUUCUUCCAAGACUAACAAUGCGUUGCAACCAGAAGUUUCAGAUAAGCCAGAGGAUGCUACAACUAGAGAUUGUUCAGUUCAGUAUGAAACAUUUGUUUCUCCUUUUGGCGAAGAUAUGUCUCUUUCUCUGCCCGAAGCAGACAAAGACGUUGGUGGUACUGUUACAGAGAGUUCAAAUCUCAUUGCCAAGGCAGAACCAGAAGAUUUAGAAAAACCAGAUGAUGAAUCUACAAAGCCUGUUACUCCGGCAAAAAUCAACGCAGACACAAUCAAACCGAGUUGCAGAGCAACCAAGGUGGCUUUCCUACGUGUGAAAAGACCUUUCGCCGAAAUAACACCAAACCCCACAGAAGAACCUCCAAGGAAGAAACAAAAAACAGGCGAGAAAGACAAAAAGGAAGCAAAAGAAGAUGGAUUUUAUAACCUACUCAUCCGGGGAACUCAUAAAGACAGUUUGUUCUAGCACAACAUUUCUUUAAAAAACUCAGGAACAUUCAAGCCUUCUGAGUGGAGUA